AUGGCGGCUCUGAGCUCGGCGACCAAGCGCCUGGGGCGGCUGAUCCCGCACUCCAGCGUGCUCUUCGUGUGCGACGUGCAGGAGGUCUUCCGCGGGCUGACGUUCCAGCUGCCCACGGUCAUCCACGGCACCAACACCAUGGUCUCCGCGGCCAAGCUGCUGAACGUGCCCGUGGUGGUGACGACCCAGUACGGCUCCCGCCUGGGCAGCACCGUGUCCGAGAUCUCCAAGAACCUGGAGGACGCGCCGGACGUCAAGGUCUUCGACAAGAUGAAGUUCUCGAUGCUCGUGCCCGAGGUGGAGCGCCACCUGACGACCAACAUGCCGCAGCGCAAGUCCGUGCUGCUCUGCGGCAUCGAGACCCACGUGUGCGUGCUGCAGACGUGCCUCGACCUGCUGGAUAAGGGCUACGACGUGCACGUCGUCUCGGACGCCGUGUCCAGCUCCACGAGCUACAACCGCUCCAUGGCCCUGGAGCGCAUACGCCAGUCGGGCGCCUACAUCACGUCGGUCGAGUCGGCCAUCUUCCAGCUGGCCAACGACGCCGGCAACCCCGAGUUCAAGAGCAUCUCCAAGCUCAUCAAGGAGCACCUCAAGGUCCAGAACGGCUUCGACACGGGCGCGCGGAUCUAA